AUGGCUCUCCAUGAAUCAAUCACCAACCAAACAAAUGUUUCCCUACGCAUCGCCAAACAUCUGUUCUUGAAAGAAUUAGACAAGAACAUUGUGUUUUCGCCACUGUCUCUUCAAGUUGUACUAAGCAUCAUCGCUGCUGGCUCUGAGGGUCCCACACAACAACAGCUUCUCGACUUCCUCCUGUCCAAAUCCACUGACCAUCUCAACGAUCUUGCCUCUCAACUUGUUUCUGUCGUGCUCUUCGACGCUGCUCCCACAGGUGGACCUCGAUUCUCCUUCGUCAAUGGUGUAUGGGUUGAACAAACCCUUUCUCUUCAACCUUCCUUCAAAGAAAUCGUGUCCUCUGAUUAUAAGGCCACUUUGCUUUCUGUUGAUUUCAAAACCAAGGCUGUUGAAGUGACUAAAGAAGGGAAUUUAUGGGCUGAAAAAGAGACAAAUGGCCUUAUUAAAGAACUUCUUCCUCCAAGAUCAGUUGAUAGCUUAACCCGCCUCAUCUUUGCUAAUGCACUCUACUUUAAAGGAGCAUGGAGUGAGAAGUUUGAUGUUUUGAAAACGAAAGACUAUGAUUUUCACCUUUUGAAUGGCAGCUCGGUCAAGGUUCCCUUCAUGACCAGCGAGGAGAAUCAGUUUAUUGAAGCUUAUGGUGGCUUUAAAGUUCUUCGUCUUCCGUAUAAAAAAGGCAAAGAUAAGCGUCGAUUCUCUAUGUACAUUUUUCUUCCAAAUGCUAAAGAUGGACUGCCAGCAUUGGUUGAGAAGUUGGCUGCUAAACCUCACUUACUACACUAUAGUCUUCAUCCUGCUGAAGCAGAAGUAGUUGAAUUCAGAAUUCCAAGAUUCAAAAUUUCAUUUGAGCUUGAAACUUCCGAUAUGUUCAAAGAGCUAGGAGUGAUUUUACCUUUCACUCGUGGAGGUUUGACAAAAAUGGUGGACUCUCCUCUUGUGGGCAAUAGCCUUUCUGUUUCUAAAAUAUUUCACAAAUCUUUCAUUGAAGUAAAUGAAGAAGGCACUGAAGCUGCUGCAGCUAGUGCUGGUUGUUAUGAGGAGGAGUUGGAUUCAAAAGAAAGAAUAGACUUUGUAGCUGAUCACCCUUUCUUAUUUCUAAUUAGAGAAAACUCGACUGGAACCAUUCUCUUUGUUGGACAAGUGCUCAAUCCACUUGAUGAGUGAUCUUAGCAGUAGAUUGGAUUGCCACUAGAUAAA